AUGAUCUUCCGUGCUUGGGCGUGGCUCGCCGUUGUCGCCGCCAGGGCUGUCCUGCCGCUCGUCGUGAAGCCCGAGAGGCGGUCUUUGCUCGGCACCGCGGAGUUCACCACUGGGCGAGCGGUGGACUUGGUGCCCGGAGAGCCGCAGUCCACGAACCUCCCUGGCACGGGCGCGAGCGGGAAUGGCUCUCGGAAGCACGGCCAGACAGGAAGAUCCGGGAAGCUCAGCCGAGCGAAGCCGCUGCUUCGGAUCCAAGGCAACAUCUCCCGGGGGCACCCGGUCAAUCUGGUGGAGGGGUUCGGCUUCCACAAGCAGCUCGGAGGGUCAUUUUCGCUGAUGUGCACAGUAAUGAUGGCUAAAGUAAACCCUUGGCAGCGAAUAUCUGAAAUUUGA